AUGGCGUAUGUGUGUUCACGUGGCAUUCUAGCGAGCACUAGAGAUUCGAAAGAGUUCCUGCGGGCGUUUACAUCCCUCUCUCCGCCCAGCUGCACUUUGGAAGGCGAUUCGGGGAUCAAAGGCCAUCUCGACCAGCGGAAACAAAAGGGGAAAAACUCAUGGAGAUUUGAUAGCGGAAUCGCCGACUGGUAG